CCUACCCAAUGCGCUGUAUGACAUUUGGCAGUUAGCACACAUGGUGCAAUUGUUUUUGCGGAUUUUUCCAAAAUGAAACUCGUAGAAAAAGCCAAACGCAAGAAACAGAACAUAAAACACAGACAAAUAGAUAAAUCUAAAAAGGGCCAAGUGCUUAUAGUAGCUCAGGAAAUUAAGUUUGCCCGUCUAUUAUCGGGGAAUGAAAAGAAGUCCCGCGACCGUGUGUUGAAAACGUUAAAGAAAUGGCUUUCUAGCUGUUUCCAUAAAGGAUAUGAUUUCAAAGAAGAUGAUUUCACAAGAGUGUGGAAAGGCUUGUUCUAUGCAGUGUGGAUGUCGGACAAACCCUUGGUGCAGGAGGAGUUGUGUGAUAACAUUGCCGGAAUACUCGAGCUGUUUCCAAAUGACCAGUUCAAACAUGCCAUCAUGAUGAUAAAAGCUGGUCUACGGGUCCUGGCCACAGAGUGGUUUGGUAUAGAUCAGCAUCGUAUGGACAAAUUUAUGAUGCUGGUCCGACGUUUCCUACGUGGCAGUCUUGGAUGUCUGCAAAGAUGCAAUUGGGAUGUGGAUAAUUGUAAAAUGUACUCAAAAAUGUUAUCCAGUUCAGAUGGUAUACUAGCAGCAAAGACGCCACAUUACGCGCGUAAUGCUACCUCCAUGCUACUGCACUUCAUUGACUGUUUUUUGGAAGAAGUGUCCAAGGUAUCAAGCGGAGAGAUCCCAGAUGACAGUUUGGUUGAACUGCUGCAUCCGUUUAUUGCAUACAUGAACAGCGGCGAGUGUCCGACGCUGGUGGUGCGCGCGCGCCGCGUGCUGACGUGGCUGCUGCGACAGUCCUCGCUGGGACUCGCCUACCAGGACGCCACCAGGGCGUGGCACCAGAUGGGAUGUCCUGAAGGCGGUCCAGAGGCUCUGGAGCUGGUGUCUGAUGAGGAGGAAGAUGUCCAGAAUGGCGAUGGCUCAGGAACAGAGUCCGAUGAAGAACAAGACCCAAGAAACAAACCUCUCGACCCCCGGGCCGGUCGUGUAGACGUGGAGUUGAACCCACUGCCGGUGCCGGCCGAGAAGAUCGCCGCUGCACUGCGCGAACAACUGCGCAGCGCUUCUUCGAAAGCGCAUAAAAGGAUCAAGAUCUUUAUGCAGAGAUUCGAGAAGCUGGCCAAAGAGGAGUACCCGCUGGCGAUUCCGCGCAGUGACUGGUCGCGCAACAGCGGCCGGCGCAUCUCCGCGCAGAAGUCCGCCACCAAGCUAUUAGCACUUGAUUCACAACUCAAGGACAGCUCCGAUGAACUGGCGCUUAGAGGUUUGAGUAGGAAGCAUCGGAAGCGGUUACUCGCUAUGUCCCGCGCCGGAGUCAACAUCGCCGACGAAGUGGAGAAAAUGAGACAGAAUAUGGCCGGAAAGGAACAAGAAACUAAAACAAAUAAUGGUGGUUGGCAAGUUGAAGAAGCAGAGCCGGAAGCUAAGAAAACUAAAUUGAAUGAGAAAAAGAAUCUUGAACAAAAGGAGAAACCUCUAGAAAGAAAACGUAAAGAGCCUUCUACUGAUAAUACUGCUAAUAAAAAGCUAAAAACUGAAGAAAAAGGCAAGAAAGAUGUAGGAAAGAAAGUAAAGGAUGUUAUUUUAAAUGGUGCUGAAGGAAAAGAUAGUGUUGUAGGUGUAACAAGUAGUAAAAAGUUAAAAGUGCAACCGAAAGUAAAAAAAGAUAUUACAGAUACGAAAGACAGUAAGGAGACUAUUAAAACUAAGGUACAGGAAAAAAGUGGUAAUAAUGUAGUUAACGGUAUAAAUAAAAAGAAAUUAAAAAAAUCUCCAAAAGUUAUCAAAGAUAACACAGAAAAGGAAGUGACUCAUAAGGUAAACAAAAAACAAAAGCCCAUUGUAAAUGGUGUCCAUAAACAUGAAAAUAACAAAAGUCCUGACAAAAAGUUGGGCAAGGAUAAACCCAUUGUACUAGUGAAUAAAGUGAAAAAUUUCCAAAAAAGCACAAAAAAAGAUGCAGAAAGGAAAUUAUUGACUACACCGAAAAAGGUGAAGUUUGUACUUAAGAAUAAUUCAAUGCAAGGAGCAGUGGAUUAUUACAAAAGUGUGAGACAAAGUCCAAACAUCCCCUAUAACCCUAGUAAAAAACCGACUAAAACCAAUCUGAAGCCGUCUACCCCCUCCCCAAUAAACCCCUUUUUUAAAAAGAAGUUGAAACUUAAAUAAAACAUUCUGAUAUUUUUUAUUUGAUUUUGGGAUAUAAUUAUGCGCCUAUUUCACGACUUCUAAGUAAAUGCGAUUCGUCAAAUCUUACUUAUAUAAUAAAUCUGAAAGAUGUUUGAAUGUUUGUUAGAAGUUAAUUCAGAAAAGAGUUUUGUUAAGCGUUGCUGAAUCAAUGAAUCCAUGAGUUAGGACUUGUUUAUACUUGUAUAGCUUUGACGAAUAAUAUUCACUUGAAUAUUGUGGAACACGCCUUAUCAACCUUUACAAAGUUUCCCAAACCUGACUGACACUAGACACAAGGAAGAAAGAAUAAUGAGAAAUUGACAAACUGUGACUAUAUAUUACAAUGUUUAUUGGUAUGAUCCAUUUUCAUAGGACUUGUUUAAAGUAUAAAUAAAUCUUUAACUUGUUAUUUCACAAGGAGGUUGUGUUUUUCAUCAAAAUCAACUUAAAUACAAUUGUGUUGGGAUUCUUUUUCGUAUAAAUUGCACUUGUAAAUCAUGAUAUGGUUUGUUUACAUUUUCGACAAAUUCAAUUGAAAUGAUGAUUGAGUGAAGCAGGGUUUAGAUUAGCAAGAAACUUGCAGAAGUUGUCUUCCGCAAUCCAUUUUUUCUGUGUACAGACACCGCAAACUGAAUUCUGCAAAUUUUAAAACUUGCAGGACCUCUCUAGUGUAUGAAAUUAUUGACAUAUUGCCGUUAAUGAAAACGCAUUCAAAGUUCUUGCGCAAUAUAUGUCUGCGACAACUUGCUAAUCAAACCCUAGCUUAAUUAAAGGCGUAUCAUAUGAUAUUGUAAUUCUGGUGUUGCUGUUCAAGGGCACUUGUGCCUUAGUAUAUGGAGAGUUACACCCCAUCUCGCCGUUCAGUAAAGAUAUCAUUUUACAUAUUAGCUCAAUUUUAUAUAAUGCAGAAUUAUUUAAAAUGUGCCAUUCUUAUAAUGAAAUGUGUUUAAAAUACCAGUUAAAGUCAAGUGAGUUAACGUUGAGUGUAACUGAUGGUGGACCACAAAUUAUGUUUAUGGGUAACUGAGUUAGAUACGAGAAACCUGAAACCGAAGCCACCUAUCUCGAUGCAACCAUUGUCCCAAGGUUAUGAGUGUAGCCAUCAUAUAAAGUUAACGAACAUGUCCCUAUGGCUUCAUAGUUAAGUUUUUAGAAUAAUUUUGUUAACGUUACGAAGUUAAUAUAGUUGAUAUGAAAUUGA